AUGGCGGUAUCGAGUGAGCAGGUUACCUUCAACGCAGGUCGCUUAACGUUUUUGCACUUAACGAUCAACGAAUUACUUAACAAGCUGGAUUAUAAUACAGAGAAUAACGGGCCAUGGGAAAAGAAUCCUUCCGUAGCCGUGAGUGCUGCUGGCAACACCGGCGGCAUUGUUGGGGGCGCUGGGGGUGGCGGCGGCGGCGGUGGUCUUGUUACUGGUAUUGCGACAUCGAUGGUGUGUGGUGCGAAUAUUAUUGGCGCUACAACAACAACAACAAUAGCAACAUCAACACCAACAACUACGGUAACUGGUAUUAAGCCACUGCAACAACAGUUGCAGCAACAAUUGUUGCAUCAACUGCAACAACGACAGCUCCAGCAACAUCAACAUCAACAACAACACCAACAACAUUUACAGAGUGCAGCCGGCGUUAGCGUUGGCAGUGGCAGUGUGUCAGUUGGUGGCCUCAGUUCUACCGCUGGCGGUCAUUCCCAUUUGCAUGCCACCCAUUCGCACCCGCACCAGCAUACGCACACCCAUGCACAUACACAUGCAUAUCAACAUGUGCACCAUCAAAAUGCAAGCGCCACACUAUUACAGCAACAACAAAAACAACUGCAGCACCAGCACUCGCAUCCGCCAUUGGCGCCGCACUCUCAUCCACCGUUACAGCAUCAUGUUUCACUUGGCGGUGCAAGUAGGUAUCAGCCGAUCGUUGCGGGUGUAGCCCAACCGCAACAACAACCACAACAACAGCAACAACAUCAGCAGCAGCCACAACAACAACAGCAGCACCAUCAUCACCGUCAACAUUCUACGCCGCAACAUCAUCGUUCAACGUCGCAGCAUUCUGCCUCUACGAUAAGGCGUCGCACGCUCUCACAUGCUUCACGCUCCUAUUCAGCAUCAGCGGCCGCAGCAGCAGUGGCUGCAGUAGCUGCAUCAUCCAAUGCAAAUGCAAGCGGAAAGCAUGGCGGUGGCGGCGGCGGUAAUGGCAGCACCAGUAUACAUGUCAACACCAGCGUGGAACGCUCACGUUGUCGUUCACCGAUGAUGUUGUGCCACAGUCACAGCGAUGGCGAGUUUCCGAUGUACAAAGGUGAGUACGAGAAUUAA